AUGGCGUGGUAUUGCUCAGGGUCGACCAACACUGAAUUGGUUGAGAAUCUAUUCAAGGCUGGAUUGGUCAAGAAUGACCGAGUCAAAGAAGCUAUGCUCGGACCCACUAUGCCCCCCUCGCGUCCCUAUUCAGAUUCACCACAGCCCAUCGGACACGGAGCCACCAUUUCUGCACCCCACAUGCAUGGCCAUGCGUGCGAGUAUCUCAUCGAUUAUCUCCAACCGGGGGCUCGUGUCCUCGACAUAGGGUCGGGCUCAGGCUACCUUACUCAUGUCAUAGCCAAUCUCGUAGCAAACCCAUCGAACGAGGGACUCGUGAUUGGAGUGGAUCAUAUCCCCGCCCUUGUGGAGCUCUCCCGGAACAACAUGAACAAGUCCCCGAAGGCCGUCGGCUGCAAGACUCGGGCAAGUCAAGUUUAUUGCUGCAGAUGGUCGAUUAGGAUGGAAAGAAGGGGCCCCCUUCGACGCCAUCCACGUCGGAGCAGCUGCCGAGAAGCUUCACCCGGUGCUAGUCGAGCAACUACGUGCCCGGGGAGACUCUUCAUUCCGGUGGAAUCCGAGGAACAUGACACUGCCAGCCUGGGCAGCGGCCAAUGGAUCUGGAUUGUCGACAAAAAGGCCGAUGGAUCGGUUCACAAAGAGAAGGUCUUCCAGGUCAGCUAUGUGCCCUUGACAGAUGCCCCGAGAUCGUGA